GCGAUGGAGGGACGGAUGGAGAAGAAGCCCCCGCCCCGGGCCUGAUCUCCGGGACACCCGCCCCUCUCGCUGUCCCCCUCCCCUUGGGACCCGGCGGCCCGGAGCGCCUGGGCUCAUCCUCGCAGUGCCCGCCGCUGGGCGGGAUGCCAGGGCAGGCAGGACUCCGCGCAGGCGGGCGGGCGGGCAGGAAGCGCCGCGCCGGGGCCUCUGGGAGCGAGCGGGAGACUCCGGCGGCGACCGGCUCCCGGGCCUGGGCCGCGGCGGGGGAACAGAAUAGAAGGUACUGUGCUCAGUCCCCUGGGCUCUGACCUCUGCUGCUAUGUGGGGCUGCUAUUUGCCCAGGGCCUCUUGGGGCCCUGGUCUGGGAAGAGCUCUUCAGCCAGCAGAUGAACGUAUCCCUUUCCUGAUCCACUGGAGUUGGCCUCUUAAAGGGCAGAAUCCCAUUGGGCCCCCUAGGGCCUUUAUUCGCCACUAUGGAAGCUCAGCGGGCAGUGGUCCCCCAUCAGAGAGGCACGGGCAGUUGUUCCGGGGCAUCGCUGCAGCUGAAGCUAUCCAGCGGCAUCGCCGGAACCUGGCUGAAUGGUUCAGCCGGCUGCCCAGGGAAGAACGUCAGUUCGGCCCAUCCUUUGCACUAGACACGGUCCAUGUAGAUCCUGUAAUCCAAGAGAGCACCCCCGAUGAGCAUCGCCCACCAGCCGAGCUCGCCCUGGAGCAUCAGCCACCCUCAGCCGGGCUCCCCCUACUGGCCCUGUCUCAGCUCUUUGAUCCAGAUGUCUGCGGGCGCCGAGUGCAGACAGUGGUGCUCUAUGGGACGGUGGGCACAGGCAAGAGCACGCUGGUGCGCAAGAUGGUCCUGGACUGGUGUUACGGGCGGCUGCCAGCCUUCGAACUGCUCAUCCCCUUCUCCUGCGAAGACCUGUCAUCCCUGGGUCCUGCACCUGCCUCCUUGUGCCAGCUUGUGGCCCAGCGCUACACGCCCCUGAAGGAGGUUCUGCCUCUGAUGGCUGCGGCCAGGUCCCGCCUGCUCUUUGUGCUCCAUGGCUUGGAGCAUCUUAACCUCGAUUUCCGGUUGGCAGGCACUGGGCUUUGCAGUGAUCCCGAGCAGCCAGUGGCACCAUCUGCCAUCAUUGUCAACCUGCUGCGCAAGUACAUGUUGCCAGAGGCCAGCAUUCUGGUGACCACCCGGCCCUCUGCCAUUGGCCGUAUCCCCAGCAAGUAUGUGGGCCGCUAUGGUGAGAUCUGUGGCUUCUCUGAUACCAACCUACAGAAGCUCUACUUCCAGCUCCGCCUCAACCAGCCAGACUGCGGCCAUGGUGCUGGGGGAGUGGGGGUCACGCCGGCUCAGCGUGACAACCUGGUGGAGAUGCUCUCUCGGAACCUGGAGGGGCACCACCAGAUCGCCGCCGCCUGCUUCCUGCCCUCCUAUUGCUGGCUUGUCUGUGCCACCUUGUACUUCCUGCAUGCCCCUACCCCGGCCGGCCAGACCCUCACGAGCAUCUAUACUAGCUUCCUGCGUCUAAACUUCAGUGGGGAGAUGCUGGACAGCACUGAUCCCUCCAAGUUGUCCCUGAUGGCCUAUGCAGCCCGAACCAUGGGCAAGUUGGCCUAUGAGGGGGUAUCCUCCCGCAAGACGUACUUCUCUGAAGAAGAUGUCCGUGGCUGCCUGGAAGCUGGCCUCAAGACCGAAGAGGAGUUGCAGCUGCUGCAUGUCUUCCGCCGGGAUGCCCUGAGGUUUUUUCUGGCCCCGUGCGUGGAGCCAGGGCACCAGGGUACCUUCGUAUUCACUGUGCCCGCCAUGCAGGAAUACCUGGCUGCCCUCUACAUUGUGCUGGGUUUGCGGAAGACGACUCUACAGCGCGUGGGGAAGGAAGUGGCUGAGCUCGUGGGCCGUGUUGGGGAGGACGUCAGCCUGGUCCUGGGCAUUGUGGCCAAGCUGCUGCCCCUGCGGGCCCUGCCCCUGCUCAUCAACCUGCUCAAGGUGGUUCCACGAGUGUUUGGGCGCGUGGUGGGUAAGAGCCGUGAGGGAGUGGCCCAGGCCAUGGUGCUGGAGAUGUUCCGGGAGGAGGACUACUACAAUGACGACGUCCUAGACCAGAUGGGUGCCAGUAUCCUGGGUGUGGAGGGUCCCCGGCGCCACCCGGAUGAACCCCCAGAGGAUGAGGUCUUUGAGCUUUUCCCCAUGUUCAUGGGUGGGCUUCUCUCUGCCCACAACCGAGCUAUCCUGGCUCAGCUCGGCUGCCCCAUCAAGACCCUGGAUGCCCUGGAGAAUGCUCAGGCCAUCAAGAAGAAGCUGGGUAAGCUGGGCAGGCAGGUGCUGCCCCCCUCGGAGCUCCUCGACCACCUCUUCUUCCACUACGAGUUCCAGAAUCAGCGCUUCUCCGCUGAGGUGCUGGGCUCCCUGCGCCAGCUCAACCUGGCAGGCGUGCGCAUGACGCCCCUCAAGUGCACAGUGGUGGCAGCGGUACUGGGCAGCGGGAGGCAUGCCCUGGAUGAGGUGAACUUGGCCUCCUGCCAGCUGGACCCUGCUGGGCUGCGUACGCUCAGACCUGUCUUCCUACGUGCCCGGAAGCUGGGCUUGCAACUCAACAGCCUGGGCCCCGAGGCCUGCAGGGACCUCCGAGAUUUGCUGCUGCAUGACCAGUGCCAAGUUACCACCCUACGGCUGUCCAACAACCCACUGACAGCGGCAGGUGUGGCCCUGCUGGUGGAGGGGCUGGCAGGAAACACCUCGCUGAAACACCUGUCUCUGCUGCACACGGACCUGGGGGACGAGGGCCUACAGCUGCUGGCUGCCCAGCUGGACCGUAAUCAGCAACUACAGGAGCUGAACGUGGCCUACAAUGGUGCUGGUGAUGCAGCAGCUCUGGCCUUAGCCAAGGCUGCCCGGAAGCAUCCUUCUCUGGAGCUGCUGCACCUCUACUUCAAUGAGCUGAGCUCAGAGGGCCGCCAGGCCCUGCGGGACUUGGGGAGCACCACUGAGGGUGGUGCCCGGGUCGUGGUGUCGCUGACAGAGGGGACGGCAGUGUCUGAGUACUGGUCAGUGAUCCUGGGUGAAGUCCAGCGGAACCUCAACAGCUGGGAUCGGACCCGGGUCCGGCGCCACCUUGAACUGCUGCUGCGGGAUCUGGAAGAUAACCGAGGAGCCACCCUAAAUCCUUGGCGCAAGGCCCAGCUGCUUCGAGUGGAGGGCGAGGUCAGGGCCCUCCUGGAGCAGCUGGGAGGCCGUGGAAGCUGAGACCAUGGCCACAGGCACCUAGCUGUGUGUCCCCUGGCCCCAAGCCCCUUCCGUCUGUGGCCUCCUGGCUUUCACUACUACUUCUGGAAAGAUCCCUUUGAGGCUGGAGGCAAAGGAAUGUGCACAGAUCUGUCAAUUGCCCUGCUGGGGCACGUCCAACCAGUGCUCCCAUGUCUGGAAUUUCCAGGGUCCUGGAACAUGCCUCUUCUCCCUUCGGCUAGAAGGACAGAAGGGUGUGGCAUUUUGGUGGUCGUAUUGCCCUGUAGCACCACCACCAACCUUGCCUCUCCCACCUUGCAAAGAGCCUUGGAUUGUGCCACCAGGGGGCACACUUCUCCCAUCAGCCAUCCAGAUGUGUGGGAGGGCCUUCACAUCCUGCCUUUAUGCCUUCUGUGGACACCCAGGAUGCCCGCAGCCACUUCCCCUCUCACUGGUGCUCUCUCCUCCUCCUGCCCCUUUCACCACAGCGGUACCUAGGCUCGGUGGCCUCUAUGGGUGUGGGCACUGACUUGCUGUUGUUAAAGAUCUGUGUCUUCCACCUA